AUGGCGUCAGAGACAUCGGCGGUGUGCGUGGCGGUGCGUGUGCGGCCGCUGAAUGCACGUGAGUCGCCCCUUGAAUGUACGGUGACGGUCCUCAACGAUCACACCAUCACUCUGACAGAUGUUAGCAAUGCCACGAUGGGCGCCAGUAGCAGCAAUACCGGGCAGCAGCAUGUCUUUGCAUUCGACAAGAUCUUUUGGAGUGUGCCGCCGCAUGUUUUGCCGCUUUUUCCUUCCGCGGUGGCACCGCCAACCUUCACGCCGCGUUCAUCCAUCGGAGAGACUGCGACUUCAACUAACGUGUCCCGUAGUGCUUCUUUGUUUGGUGCACCCUCUGCGUGCAGCAGAACCAACAGUUAUAUUGGCAGUCUUCAUGAACCAAUUUCUGCCACGACGUCCCGGGUGCCAUUUAGCGGUUUACCGUGUUUUGCCAACGUGCCAGCCUACGACGACCAGGCCUCCGUGUAUGCCUUCAUUGGCCCGCGCAUGUAUGAGUCGGUUAUGACAGGUUACAACUCAUGCCUCUUUGCCUACGGACAGACGGGAAGUGGCAAGACACACAGUCUGCUGGGGCCACCUGAAUAUGUCUCUCUGCGUUCGGAAGAGCGCGGAAUUAUGCCGCGCCUCUGUGAAGACCUCUUUGAGUUGAUGCGAAAAGAGCGUGAGGAGGACGAGUCCAUCUCUUAUAAUGUGGAGUGUAGUUUUUUAGAGAUUUACUGUGAACGGGUCCACGACUUGCUGUUCCACGGCGGUGGUGGGGGGCGAGACACGGCAGCCGCAGCAGGAGGGGCCGGGGCCGCCCCGUUGCAGUCGCCAUCCGCUUCAUCGCAAUCGUCUUUGCGGAUCCGGCAGCACCCGUCACGUGGGCCGUACGUGGAGGGUCUCUCGCUUGUGAAGGUUCGGGAUGCGGAGGGUGUCAUGAAACAACUGAUGAGCGGUCUGCGUGAACGCGCGACGGCGGAGACGAGAAUGAAUGAAUACAGUAGUCGCAGCCAUGCGAUAUUGCAACUGCACAUCACGCGCGUGGCAGUCGUAAGAGAGGAGGCGGCGGUGGUGACAAAGACGCGGGUCUGCAAAGUCAACAUGGUUGACCUCGCGGGAAGUGAACGGGUAUCGCAGUCUGGUGUCACAGGUGACCGCUUCGAGGAGGCCCGUAACAUCAACUUGUCUCUCACCACACUCGGACGUGUUAUUCUGCAGCUGUCGGAAAAACAAUCUGGUAAACAUGUCAUUCCCGCAUACCGCGAUAGUGUCCUCACCUGGCUGCUAUCCGAUAGUUUGGGUGGAAACAGCAAAACGAUCAUGCUUGCCACCAUUGCGCCCAGUGCGUACUGUUACCAACAGACAAUUAACACACUUCGGUUUGCGGGGGUGACAAAGAAGGUGAUCAACGUUGCCACAGUCAACGAGGACCACCACUUUCAAAAACUUAUUGCGGCAAUGCGGCAGCAAAUUGUGAAGUUGACACUGCAGUUAGAGAAGGGGAAAGCGGCAGAGGUACACCGCGAGGAAAUUCAGGCGUUCCGUCGUGAAAGGGAUGAACUUGAGGCACAGAUAGAUUCCAUGCGGGCGACAAUGUCGACGAUGGUGCCAGCAACGGAGGUGGCAACGCUUCAGCGACGCAUUACGGAUCUUGAGGAGGACAAUGCGCAGCUUCAAAAGGAAAAGAAUCAGGUCCAACGACAACUUGUCUCCACCACAACGGCACUUCGUGAAGAAUUGGCCCAAAAACGAGGGGAAAUUAUGAAACUACAUGAAGCACUUCUGCGUAAAGAUGGCGAGCUGCAAGAAUCGCUCCGGCGUUACCGUGAGGAGACGGUGAGGCGUGAGACGUCUUCACAACAACUAGAGCAGCAACAGCAUGUAGCGAGUAGUUCUGUUGUUGAUACAAGAGAGGGAGUUGGCCCGAGUCAGUCACCGCCCGCUGCAUGGAAAGAGAACGUUGGUUCUAGUGGAUUUGAAGCACCACCGCCACUUGUCAUUGCAGGGCGGUCACUCCGUCACGAGGAGGAGUUAGAACGUCGUGUCGGUGUACUCACAAAGGAGGUGAAGGCUCAACAGGAGCGCGCUGAGGAAGCGGAAAAGGCAAAGAGUAGUCUACAGGAAAAAAUGAAGAUGCUGCAACAGGAGCAAGACGCCAUGGCACAGUUGUUGGAAGAGACGCAGCAGCGCUUUGCGGAGAAAGCGCAUGCGCUCGAUAUGGCGCAGUCCGACUUGGCGGCUACGCGGACGAUGCUGCGUGCGGAGCGUGGCGCGAAUUCGGCGGCGGAGGGGAAGAACGGACUUUUCGCGCAGCUGGAGAACGUUCGCGCGGAGUAUUUAAGCGAGAAGAAGACAAACAUCGAUCUGCUCAUGCGUGUGUCACGGGUUGAGCAGCAACUGUCGAAGCUUAAAAAGGAUUCGGCGACAAAGACACGGGACAUUAAUGAGCUUGAACAACUUCUUCUUGAAGAGACGGAAACGUCAGAGCGGUAUUAUAUUUGGCUGCGCUACUCCCAGGAUGUGCUCAGUAUUUUAUCAUCAUUUCUCCGCAGGGCCCUCUCCGCACGUGGAAAGCGUAUCACCGCACUCAAAGGCAAAAUGAACAGUAGUGUGGGCAGUCACGCUGGUGAUAGUGUUGAUCUCGCUGGUAUUUUGUGGGAACAAGCGGUAUGGGAUUGUGCACGUGGUGAGGCGUAUAGCCGUGCGCUGCUGGAACAGGAACGCCUCAACGCAAUGAUAGAGAUGCUCGGCCAAAAGAAAGUCUUGUAUGAAAUUAGCUCCGGAGCAGCGAAGGAUGAGCUUAUGACGCUACGUGCUCUGGCCGCGGAGGCCGCAGAAGAGCCGCAGCGACUACGGCGUAAAGUGAAGUCUUUGGAGUUGCUCAUUGAAAAGGCUUCAGAGGAGCGGCUCAAUAUGCAGGUGACAAUUCAGAAUAGUGAGAGCGCGCGCGAACGACUCUCACGGCAGGUGGAAGAACUGACAAACCAGCUGGAACAACUGCAGCAGAAUAACAAUUCGCUUAUUGAGAAGAUUGUAGAGGAGCAUUCGUCGCGGAAUAUGCUUGGUACAUGCAGCGUGGUGAGCGGCGGUGGCAGCACGUCUCAAGAAGACGAGCUGCAAGAGGCAGAGGACACGGGAAAGCGGCAAUUUCAGCAGCUGCAGCGGCGUCUGGAGAAACAGGUGGCGCAGUAUCAAGAAGAGCUGGGACUGCUGCACGCGCAACUGGAGAAGGAGCGACACGACAAGGCAGAGAAGAGACAUUCCAUGCAGCGGGAGAGGGAUGAGUUUACGCAGGAGUUAAGGCGCGUGCGGAAUGAGUGCAAGGCGUCCAUAAGUGAGAGCGCACAGAUUGUGAGGGACUAUGAAAUACGUAUAAAGGAAUUACAGGAGAUGAUCACAACCCUGCGCUCAGCACUGGAAGAGGAAUGCAACAACGCCGACAAGGCAAAAGACGAGAUGCUGCGGGCGGGAAUGGAGAAACGGGAAACAUUAAUGGAACUGCGUCGCGUGAUUGCCUCGCGGGAUGCGCUUGAAAUGAGGCGAAAUGACGAUGAAAAGCUCUUUAAUGAGUUGCGUACUCAGGUGCGGGAGUUGCAAUUGGCGUACUACAAGCUGGAGCAACAACUGGCUGGGGUGAAAACGCAUACCCCCGAUGUUUAUAUCACCAUUGACCGCAGCUUUGGCACCGACGACGGGGAAAACAGUUGGAUGUUGAAGGCGCAGCGUGAGAAGGAGGUGCUGGAACGACAGAAGCGAAGUGUGCAGCGCAUCAAUAAUGAAUUGCUGGCGACGGUGCGGCAGCGCAAUGAAUCCUUGCGGGCGGUACACCGACAAAUCACGAAGAUUCAGCGCGGCGGUGUGUCGCCAGAUAUGGCAGAAAUGGAAAUUGGUGAUGAUAAUAGCCCGCUUGGAGCGCAGCUGAAGUUUGAGUAG